AUGCAGGAGACUAGUGGGCCGUCAUCGGCUCUGCCAAGUUACUCCCGACCGUCGAGGAGAUCAGUUAGGUCCAGGGAAGGAUGCCUGACUUGCAAACGCCGCAAAGUCAAAUGUGAUGAGUCAAGACCUAGGUGCAGUCACUGCGAGCGUUUGAACCUCGAAUGCAAGUGGCGACCGCAACCUAAUACGGUUCCCCACGCAACGCUGGCCUCCGCGAUUCCUGCCGGCGCUGAUCGCAGCCCGGCCAUGCGGUCCCACUCUACCGAUGCCUCCGUGUCUCCGGCAGCGUCCUUGUUCCAGCCCAUGCAGGCAGUCGAUGAAAUAUUCGACUAUGCCAGCUUCAUGUGGGAUGCUGGUGAUGCCUGGCAGCAGGUUAGUCCCGAUUCAGGCCAGCAGAUGAGCCUUGACGGGCAGGUACUGCGGCCUCAAUAUACUAGUUUGCCCAUAGGGGGUCAGUCAACAGCUUUCAUGAGCCCCUCUAACCUCAACUUUCCUGGCCGGGCUGUUGCAGAGGAUCUACCUAAUCCAUCAGGUAUGACUGACGCCAGCAGUCAGUCAGAACAAGCCAUGGCUCUGCAGGUUCAGACCGAGGACGAUAGGUUGAUGGACUAUUUCAGUCGCGUUGUUGUGCCGCCAAUUCUUGCUGAAGUAGAAACUCAGAAGAAGUGGCUGGCGAUCCGACAAGUAGUCGUCGACAUGACACGUGCAUCUCAGAUGGUCAAGUGGGCAGUCCUCGCCUUCUCAAACUUGAUGCUAUCUCGUCGUGAAGGAGCUUGGCUAGCUAGCUCAGAAGACUAUUACCAGAGAGCUGUUGCUGGGGUGACGGCUUACGGUGAAGACUCUUCUCCUCGAGAAGACAGUCGCAGCUCUCGAAGAGAGCAUCUACUUGCGACUCUCUUCUUUCUCAGUUACGUCGACAUCUUGAGGGGACAGAUCAAAGCUGCAGAUUCAUUUUUGAAGCGUGCCUAUAGCGUCUUCCAACAGGGAGACAAAGGCAGCUUCGCUGCUACCGAGAAGCAGUUCUUGCAGUGGAUGCGGCUUCUUGAUGCGCGUGCUGUCUCUGCAGGUGGUCAAGGCCUGCUUCUAUCGAAAGACGAUGAGUUGCUUCUCGUCGAGGCGUCACCGGCGAGCUUUGACGGAGGUGUCGCCGAUUCAUCGAGGGAAGACUUGGCUGAAGGGGACAUUGAAGACGUCUUGUUUCAAGUGCUCUAUCAACCCGGCAUUGUGUUCUUUCAAAAGGUCCAAAGCUUCAUGGGCCGCAUCUCGAAGAUCGAUCCCUGGCAUCGUUCUCGCGGUACUGUUGAAGACGAGACAGAGGUAAUGAAUAUCGGCGCAGCCAUUGCCGCAGACCUGCGGACGUUGUAUGAGCAGCGGCCUCCACUUAUGGACUACGCCGUGGCUGGCAAGUUGACUGAGCCUCACGUCUCAGCUCACUUGGCUUUUGUUAUAACUCGCGCAUUCCGGACAUACCUGGCCAACUACCACGCCAGUAAGGUUCAUCUGCACAGGGUGGCAUACAAGACCUUUCCCCUGACCAAGGAGGCGGCCGAUGCACUCAGUCAGAUACGGCGCUUGGCGAGACUACUUGUAGACUCUCUCGACGCCGAUAACUCACUGCCAGUCAACAUGCUGUGGCCGUUGCUUAUGCUGGGUUCGGAAGAACAAGACCCCCAAGAAAGGCUAUGGAUCAAGACUCAAAUUCUUCGAAUGGAGAGAGUAGCGGGAAACGCCAAGAUUACAGCUCAGGUACUAGAGGAGGUUCAGGCUCGGCAAGAUGCUGAGAAGGCUCGGGUAGACAUUCGAUCCGUCAUGCACGCCAUAUUUGACUCGUGUUUUGCCAUUGUCUAA